UUUAAUUAUAUUUGUAUUUAUUUUUGUUAAGAGAUUGUACUUUGUCUAUAAAAGUAUAACUAUAAACUAAAGUGCACUUAGUGCAGCCAACGUGACGUGAUUACACUAAUAGUCUCAACUUCUAUUUAAUAAUUGAAAAGACUCAAAAUAAGUAUAUAGGAUGGACGCGGCUAAUACACACAACCAAAACUAUUGGUUUGUAGUUCGUGAUGACCAUAGAAAUGUUAUAUUUUCGAGUAAUAAUUUUACCAUCCAAAAUCCACAAAGCCAAGAGGCGAGGUUUAUAGUGGAUGCAGGUGUACAUAGUGAAAAUAGACAAUAUGUACAAGUACAAGACAAUAUACCUCCAGUUCUUCAGGAAGAAACUCCUAAAGAAAUUAAAGAAACAGUUUCCGUAAGAGAUGAUAUCUUUUGGGACAGAAAUAAAGUUCAGUUACUUUUAACCCUCUGUCUUCAAAAUGGAUACAACCCCUCAACUAUAGAGCAGAUUGAGUGGACGGAGAUAGCUGCCUUAUUGGGAACUACUCCAGAAGAAUGUGAUAAGAAGUUCAGAGGCCUCCGACGAAUCUAUCUUAGAUUAAUGAAAAAGAAAAAUUUAGGCAAAGAUAUUAAAUGGAAAUAUUUUAAUAUUUGUGAAGAGUUUUUUAAAGAUUGUAAACUGUCAUUUACUGUAUUAGAACCAUGGGAAGAUUCUAAAAUUAGACAAUUGUUAAGUAUCUACAUUGAAAAUAUCAAUAAAUUUAGAGACCCAAAUUACUUACAUAAAGAUGUCUGGAAAGAAAUUGCUUCUCGGUUAGAAACAACAGAAUAUAAUUGUUAUCAUAAAUUCAAAAGUUUAAAAAGAACUUAUUUAAACUGGCUUCAAAGAAGUAGGGAAACAGGAAAGUUAAUUAAAUGGACUUAUCAUCAGUAUUUUGAAAGGAUAUAUUACAAUUAUAACCCAGAUUUGGGGCCAUGGGAUAGAAACAAAAUAAGGUUACUUAUUAAUGCAUAUGCAGAAAUUGCACACAUGUUCAAGAAUCCUAAAUAUCAAAAGAAAGAGUUGUGGAGGGAAAUUUCAAGAAAAGUGGGUGAAAGUCCGAGCAGUUGUGACAGAAAGUUUAGAAACUUAAAACAAACAUAUUUAAGGCUCAAAAUGAGGGUUGAUACUGGUAGAUCAGUUACAAAAUGGAAGUACUAUAAAGAAUUCUCAACAAUUUUUGAAAAUGAAGCAUAUUCUGUUACCAACGAUGGUCAGCAAAUUGUAUACAGGGUAGGUGAGCAGGAUUAUGUAAAAGAACUUCUCAACUUUUAUCUCGAUAAUAAGGAAAAGUUUUGGGAUCCUCUGGUAAAAAAAAAGCCUCUAUGGAGAACUAUAGCAUCAAAAAUAGGUUUAACUGCUGGAGAAUGUGAUAAAAAAUUUAGAAAUCUAAAACAAACUUAUUUACGAAUGGCUGAAAGAAAGCAACUCAGUGGAAAAAGUAGCACAUGGCCAUACUAUUCAUACUUUGAAAAAAUUUAUGAUCAACCAAAAUUAAUUAAGAAAGAAUGCAAACAUGCAUGUAUGGAUAAUGUUACACUAAAAGAAAUUACCAGUAUUGUGAAAGAUGUUCAUGAAAUAAAAGGGAAAGAUAAAUUUGAGCGACUAGUUAAGGUUAUAGAGGAUUCAAAUAAUAUUCAGAGAGAAAGGAACCGAAUCUUACAAGCACUACUGGAUAGGAAAUAAGCUUUAAUUGUUGUAGUGAAUCAAAAAAACUAUAAUUAUUAUUUAACUAUAUUUAUUGUUUUAUUUUAGAUACAAUCACAGUAAAUUUUCUUGGUUGUAUGUAGACAUUUCAAUUGUUAUAUACUUUAUAAAAAUUAUAACUUUGUAUUUUAAAUAUUACUUAAUUUAAUCAAUGUAUUCUUCUAGGAAAAAAUGAUGGAUAACUCCAACUAAAAUCUAGAACUAUCUUCUCUAUCUCUUUAUAUUUAUUGAAUAGAUAUAAUGAGUAGUAACCGCGUCGAAAAAAUAACCAAAACGAAAGAUUAAUAGAACCUACUUAUAAUUUAAGAUAUUUAUAAACAACAGACGUAGCCACAAUAAUGUUAAAAUGGCGUUUUUAGGAAGGUGUAUGUAAUUCGAUUAGUAAGCUUUGUAAAGGAACUGGCAGUGGAAAUUUUAGUUGGCGUGUUUGAAUUAUCAAGUCCUGUAAUGGGGUUUUUAUAGGCAAUUAUCAGUGCCUAACACGUCGUCGAUUUUCGAAUACAAGAGAAGAGUUUUGCUAGCGCUACUUUUUCCUCCGUACUAGCAGUUGCGCACACAGAAAAUCUACAGGCGGUACAUACAGUCACGCUUAAAAUAACACCUCAAUCUUGUAACCUAUAACCACUAGGCUAUCACUGCUGUAUUAUUCUCAUUAAGUCAACCAUUUACACUAUUAUAAACAGGAAAGAUUUGAGUGCUUAAGGCCUGGGCCUCAGAUUUGUUUUAUGUUUCUAAUAAACAAGUAGGUGAACAGCCUUCUGUGAUUAAUGAAAAUAGCCUACAGAAUACUUUUCAAAAAUAAUGAUGUAACUUAAGAUUUGAAGAAAUUAUCACUUAACGCGUUGCGAUAUAUCGCAUACUUCACUAAACUAUCAUCAAUAGAUGUGUAGAUACUGAUAUAUUACAUAUUUAAUAAAACAAAAUAUCCAGUCAUUGAAGCCGGGAUUUAACGCUUGUUGUAUUAUUUUUAUGAACUACUGACACCAGGUUUUUUUUAAUAAAAAAUUAGAUUAUAAGGCAAAUUGACAUUUUAUUUUAGAACAUUCAAAUUAAAAACAUAUCUGCUUAGAAAGGUUUAUUCUAUUACAUUCUUAUGUAAUAUGUAUAUGUACAAACAAAUAAUAGAUUAUCAGUUUUCUUUUCAUAUUGAAAAAUCAUAAGGUUUUAACUACAUGUCAUCCGGCAGUACACUGAUUACACUUAAAAUAACUUACAAUACAUUUGAAUGAAUUUUAAACUUAUCAAUGCUAUAACACAGGAAUGAAAAAAAAUUAUGUUAAAAAACUUCGUACAAUAGUACUGUUUUGUAAGACAUCAUCCUUAGAGUGAAAUGGCUAUAAGUAUAGAACCUACACAAAUACUACAAGGAUAGGUGUCUUAAGUGACUGGUGACCCAAUUAUAUCUGAAGAGAUCUUAUAGGUAUUGACAAUGGUAUAUACUCAUAACACCAACAAAAAUUUGGCUUAGUGUUUUAAACUGCAAGCUCCUUUCAAUUUGAAAGUCAUCUAGCUGCAUUGCACCAUCUGUCUGAGAUUAAUUCCUAGCACUAUUAUAAUAUAUAUAGUAUUUAAUAAUGUCAUACUGCAGUUGGGCCCCAGUCUACAUAACUCUUGCAAGCAUUCACACAACACUCCCUCACAUCAUACAAGUUAACCUAGAUUAUCAUACUAUGUUAAAACUAUGAUGACAAAGCCACACUGUAAACUACAAACAAAUUGCCUAAUAUUAUCCAUUAAAUGAAUUCAGUCUUAAAACAGCAUGGCAAUUCACUGACAAAGCUGCAAUUACAUAUGAAACUAUUGCAGGGUUCAAGUGGAUGAGGUAUAACUGUUUUAGUAGUUGGAUUUGGUAGUAAAUAAUUUACUAAAAAUGACAUUAUCAAAAUGCCAUAAUAUAAUUAGAUUUUACUAGAAAUCAGUAAGAAGUCAAUAAUACUUAAUUGUACAAAUACUCG